AUGGAGUCCUCGGACGAGGAGACACUGAGCGAGCGCUCCUACGCUAGCGAGAGGAGCGAGCGGUCUUUGCGUAGCGAGCGCUCGGGGGGCUCUCUGUCCCCCUGCCCGUCCGGACUCCAAGGCCCCUCUGGGGACACCCUACCCUGGAACCGACCGUCCAGACAUGAGAGAGGAGAGAGGAGAAAGAGGAAAACCCACAACUCUGUGCUGGACCCGGCCGAGAGGGCAGUGGUGCGUGUUGCAGAUGAGCGAGACAGGGUGCAGAAGAAAACGUUCAUGAAAUGGGUGAACAAACAUCUCAUCAAGGUGAGGAAGCACAUCACAGACCUGUACGAGGACCUGAGAGAUGGGCACAACUUGAUCUCCCUCCUGGAGGUCCUCUCUGGAGUCACCCUGCCCAGGGAAAAGGGUCGCAUGCGAUUUCACCGGCUCCAGAAUGUUCAAAUCGCCCUGGACUUCCUCAAACAGAGACAGGUCAAACUGGUGAACAUUCGGAACGACGACAUCACAGACGGCAACCCCAAGCUGACACUGGGCCUCAUCUGGACCAUCAUCCUGCACUUCCAGAUCUCGGAGAUCUAUGUGAGUGGUGAGUCUGGGGACCUGACGGCUAAGGAGAAGCUGUUGUUAUGGAGCCAGCAGGCCACAGAGGGUUGGCCUGGCCUCCGCUGUACCAACUUCUCCUCCUCCUGGAGCGACGGACGCAUGUUCAAUGCCCUGCUCCACCGAUUCAGGCCAGACCUGAUUGACAUGGAGGUGGUGGCGCAGCAGAGUAACCUUGACAACCUGGAGCAGGCCUUUGAGAUCGCCGAGUCACUAGGGGUGACCAGACUUCUGGACGCUGAAGAUGUGGACGUUUCGUCUCCAGAUGAGAAGUCGGUCAUCACGUACGUCUCCUCCAUCUACGAUGCCUUCCCCAAGAUCCCAGAGGGAGGAGAGGGCAUCGCCGCACACGAGGUGGACCAGCGCUGGGCAGAGUACCGCUCUCGUUUCUCCACGCUGAUCCAGUGGAGCCGGCAGCACAAGGCCCUCAUGGCCAACAAGACCUUCCCACUGGACCCUGUGGAGCUCAAGGAACUUUACAAUGAGUACGUCCAUUUCAAGGAGACUGAGAUCCCUGCCAAGGAGCUGGAGAAGAGUCGCGUAGAACACCUCUACAAAAUGCUGGAGGUAUGGAUGGAGUUUGGGCGCAUCAAGCUGCCCCUGGGCCUGCACCCCAACGACCUGGAGGAGGAGUGGGGCAAGCUGAUCCUGGAGAUGCUGGAGAGAGAGAAGGCCCUGCGGCCCGCUGUGGAGAGACUGGAGUUAUUGCUGCAGAUGGCCAAUAAAAUCCAGAACAUGGCCCUGGAUUGUGAGGAGAAACUCACCCUGGCCAAGAACACACUACAGGCCGACAUGUCCCUGGUGGAGAGUGGCGAGGCGGUGCGUUGUGAGAGGGAGCUGGGGUUGUACCUGCAGGACUGUGAGGUUCUGAUCAGACAGCUCAACCUGGACCUCAACAUCCUCCGAGAUGAGAAGUACUACCAGGUGGAGCAGCUCGCCUUCAGAGCGUCCUGUCUACAUGAGGAGCUGGUCUCUCUCCGGCUCCAGUGCUCCAGCGUCUACAGAAAGGGCCACUUCUCCCCGGUGACAGGCGGAGACCGGACGGCCCCGCGGGGGAGCGACAGUGGUCUCUCCCUGUCCACGGGGGCCCAGACCCUGCUGGGGGCAGUAGGAGUGGUGGGGGCGAUGGGGACGGCGUUGCUCAGGAGACCCAUGUCCCGCUCUCAGCUGGUGGCCAUGUCGUCCUCGGAGGACGAAGGAAGUCUCCGGUUCAUCUAUGAGCUUCUGGGAUGGGUGGAGGAGACACAGGACGUGUUGGAGCGUGCCGAGUGGGGGGCGGACCUGCCCUCUGUAGAGCAGAACCUCCAGGACCACCAGAACAUCCACACUGCCGUGGAGGAGCUGCUGCACAGCCUGAAGGAGGCCCGCAACUACGAGACGAAAGUCUCUCCGAACUUCAGGAGCAGUUAUUCUGACACUUUGGCCAAGCUAGAGCAUCUAUACUGCAAACUACUGGAACUCUCGUCAUGGCGUCUGCGCUGCCUGGAGAGCCUGCAUGCGUUUGUGUGUCGCUGUACAGAGGAGCUGAUCUGGCUCAACGAGCGAGAAGAGGAGGAACUGGCCUACGACUGGAGUCAAAACAAUACAAACGUCAAUGCCAAGAGAGAGCUAUACGCCGAAAUGAGGUCAGAGCUGGAGGAGAAGCAGGAAGUCAUGCACUCGCUGCAGGAAACAGCUGACCGGCUGUGUCAGGAGAACCACCCGGCCAAACAGACAGUGGAGGCGUACAGUGCAGCGCUGCAGACCCAGUGGCAGUGGGUGCGCCAGCUGUGUGUGUGUGUGGAGCAGCAUCUCAAAGACAAUACUACCUACUUCCAGUUUGUGAGUGACGCACGGGACUGCGAGACGUACCUGCGUCAGCUCCAGGACACCAUAAAGAGACAGUACACCUGUGACAAGAGCAGCAGGCUGAGCAAGCUGGAGGACCUGCUGCAAGACUCUAUGGAGGAGAAGGAGCAGCUGAUUGAGUACCGCAGCUCGGUGGCUAGCCUGGUGGGCCGGGCCAAGACGGUGGUGCAGCUCCGCCCCCGCAGCGCAGAGAGCACCCUGGGAAGCACCACGCCCAUCCGCGCCAUCUGUGACUACCGGCAGAUAGAGAUCACCAUCAGCCGAGGUGAGGAGUGUGUGUUGGCGGACAACUCUCAGAGGACUAAAUGGAAGGUGAUCAGCCCCAGUGGAAACGAGGCUAUGGUGCCGUCAGUCUGCUUCACCGUGCCACCGCCCAACCAGGAGGCCAUGGACACCGCCAGCAGGAUGGAGCAGCUGUACCAGAACGUGAUGUCUCUAUGGCACAAUCUACACGUCAGCAUGAAGAGUGUGGUCUCCUGGCACUACCUGCAGAAAGACAUCAGGACCGUCUCCUCCUGGAGCCUAGACACGGUACGUUCCCAGACCCCUGUGGCGAGGGACCAGGCUCUGGACCACUUGGAGGCCCACCUGGCUGACUUCCUCUCUGACAGCAAAGAGAGCGCCCUCUUCACCCCGACCGAGAGACGCGAGUUGGAGAGAGACGCCCACACCGCCCAGGAACACUGCCAGGACCUGCUGGUCAACAUGGAGACAGUGGAGAAGGAUGAGUCUGUCUCUCGGUCCUACCUGUCAGAGCUCCAGAAUAUUAAACUGCGUCUGGAGGAGGCGGAGCAAAGGCUGAUGCGCGGCAUUCAGACUCCUCCCCCUAGCAACCGAUCGGGUGACAGCGUCGACAACACUGUUCAAAUUGCAGAGCAGGAGAAGCUGCAGUCGGACCUGGAGGGUCUGCGGACCAGUCUUGGUGAGGUGUCGCGUCGCUGUGUGAGUUUCUUUGAGGAGAAGCCCACCUCCUCCAGUGUCCCCGUGCUGCGCUCUGAACUCAACCUGGCUGUGGAGAAGAUCGACAGACUACACAACCUCUCCUCCGUCUACCUGCACAAGCUGAAGACAGUAGAUGUGCUGAUGUACAGCUUGCAGGCCGCAGAGAGCCAGGUGAAGAGGUACGAGAGCAGGCUGAGUGAGGAGGACAUCGUCCCUGCAAGCACCAACGCCAUCCAGGCUCUACGGGAACAACUGGGGACGUGGCAGUCGGAGCUUGAGGACCAGGAAGGGGUGUUUAGCUCCCUGCAGUCGGCGGUACAGAAGGCCCGAGAGGCGGGGACUCAGCUGAACAGGCUCCACCCAGACCGCAGCCCGGAGCUGGAGCGCUACCAGGAGAGAGCCACCCAGCUCACCGAGAGGUGGGCCGGAGUCAAGAGACAGAUGGACACACGGCGAGGGGAGCUAGAAGCCCUGGGCUCGGUCCUGCAGCAGUACAGAGAUGGUCACUCUGCUCUGAUCCACUGGAUAGAGGAGACCACUGAGAGACAGGAGAACACCCAGCCUGGAAAGACUGACAGCAAAGUCCUGUCUGAACAACUAGCACAACAAACGGCAUUAGUAGCCGACAUCGAAAAGAACCAGACCAAACUGGACGAGUGCCAAACGCACUCAAAACAGUACUGCACCUCUGUCAAGGACUACGAGCUGCAGCUGAUGACAUUCAGAGCGUUUGUGGAGUCGACACAGAAGUCGACCGGGAAGAGGAGGAGGAUGCACUCUUCAUCAGACGCCAUCACGCAGGAGUUCAUGGACUUGCGCACGCGUUACACAGCCCUGGUUACCUUGACGACGCAGCACGUCAAGUACAUCAGCGAUGCACUGAGAAGACUAGAGGAGGAAGAGAAAGAGGUGGAGGAGGAGAGGCAGCAGAGGGUAGGCCAGGUGUCAGAGCUGCUGGGCUGGGUCAAGGGCCUCCAGGGCCGAGCAGGGGACCCCUCCGCCGAGUCAUCCAUCGCAGCGCAGGAGGUACAGAAAUAUGAAAUGCAUCUAGCCGUGAGUGAGCAGUUAGCGGCUAAGAAGGAGGAGGUGGCUAAGGUUAUCAGGAACACCCAAGUCUUCCUGAUGUCUAAACAGGCCAGCAAGUUGUCCCCAGAGGAACGUGCCCAGGUGACCUCCCAGCUGGACGAGCUGACUGCCACCUACAGCCAGCUGUGUGACAGUUCCACCGCCCAACUGCAACAGCUGGUGCAACAGCAGGCCAAAGAGGAGCAGAGAAAGAGCCAAUCUGCCAUUGGCGGAGUUAUUGACCUGGGCACCAUGGAAACCGUCCCAGUCUUCCAAGCUGCACAGCGUGGCCUCAUAGACCUGGACACCUGCCAUGUCUUAUUGGAGGCCCAGCUCACCAUGGGCGGGUUGUUUCAGCUUGACUCCCCUGUGAGCCUAUCACUGGAAGAGGGCCUCAACUGUGGCAUGAUUGAUAGUCACAUCAGCCAAUCCCUAUCAGAGCUGGAGAGUGCCUUGCAUCUUGUCGACCAGACAGAACAACUGGAGGGCCAGCUCCUCCCAGUGGCUGCAGCCAUGGAGGCAGGCCUUAUCAAAGAGGAGGUGGGGCUGCGUAUCCUGGAGCUGCAGAUAAACACAGGAGGCCUGAGGGAGUUAGGAGAAGGUAGACUAACCUUGAAUAGUGCCGGAGAGAUGGGCCUGCUGACCCCAAGGGUCUACACCAAGCUCGGGUCACGGGUCAAUCGGCGGGAGCUUAUUGACCCCAACACAGCUGAUAAACUGAAUCUGGACGAACUGCGGCAGCGCUGCAUCCUCAGCGAUGACACCGGCUUGUAUCUGCUGCCAGUGAAACAGCAGCCAGGAGGCACAGUCUGUCUCCGAUCUGGCAGGAAGGUCGGGAUCUUCCGUGCCGUCCAAGAGGGACUGAUUGACAGGCAAGUAACAGUGAGAUUACUGGAGGCCCAGCUGUUUGCUGGUGGCAUCUCUGACCCCCGUUCUGGGCAUCUUCUGACUGUGAACGAGGCUGUGCGUCACAAUCUGAUGGACCAGGACCUGGCCUGUGCCAUGCUGACCCGCCAGCUGCAGAGUGGUGGGAUACUAGACCCUGUAACUGGGGAUCGCCUAGGGGUGGAUGAAGCCAUCCAGACGGACCUGCUCUCACCUCAUCUGGCAUUGCUGGUGCUCGAGUCCCUCUGGGCUUUCAUGGGGAUGCUCUGGCCUGAGUCAGGGGAGCUGCUGCCCAUUGCAGAGGCUCUACAACAAGGGGUAAUCUCGGAAGAACUAGCUUGGAACAUCCUGAGACAACGCCAUGCGAUAGGUGCCCUCUACCUUCCGGAAACCCCCAAGGUUGUGUCCCUGAAUCAGGCUAAGGAGGUCCUUGAACCCAAAGUGGCUGAGAUUCUGAAGGAGAUUCAGAUCCCCGAUGUGCUGCACAAUAUGAACCAGUCAGGUUCCCCAAAACUGAAUCGCCUAAUCUGGGGCUCCACUGGCACAUCCCAUCCUCCCUCCUCGUCCCCUGCCUCUUCCCCAGGGCCCCACUGUGACCCCUCAUUCCUGGAGAAAAUGGCCCCUGAGGAGCAAGCACAUCACCGCCUGCUUUUCCAUUUAAUGACCCACAGCUAUGUGGAUGCCCAUUCUGGCCAGCGCUUAGUGUUGCUCGAGCCUGAGCUGGUGGAACUUGUCAAGGCUGCUGCAGGUCUGAUCAAGGUGGAUCCAAUACCUGGAGUGGUUGAGGAAGGGUUGAGUUUGACAACAGAAAGACAGGAGUGUAUGGAAGUGGUGCCAGAUGUAAGUUUGCCGGAUACUCUGCAGACAAGGGAAAUUGGAAAGGUCCAAGAAAAGAGUGCAAUAUUCAGCUUGCCUGAAAAAUAUAUUUAUUCCAGAAAGAUGGUAGAAGAAGCUGAUAAUGAAGGAUGGGAUGGUACACCUGACACAUUGCAGGCUAAUCAAACUGGAAUAAAGGAGAUGGGGCAGGUAGACCUUGACUCAACCAUGAGAAUAAGUGAGGAGGUCGAUGGAGGUGUACAUGGAGAAGUAAAAGGUGAAAAGGAUGAAAUGGUUAGUUUUGAAAGUGCCCCGCCCUCAGCUGGACUACCGGAAAAGCAAUUAAUUACAGACUCGUAUGAAGAUGGGCUGGUAGAGAUGGAAUCAGAGGGCGCAAGAAAGAGUGGUCACAGAAAGGCGAAGGAGAAGGACUCCCUCGUGGAAGACAGUACACUUGUAGAAGCCUUAGAAAUGUACUCGACACCGGUAAAGCCAGAGACUUUGAUGCCAAACCAAUUUUUCAAAGAACCUGAUAUCUCCCCAUCAGAGACAAAUGAAAAGGAGGGUGUGCCUGUGAGUGUUGGAGUUAAGUAUGCUAUGAAGGAUACUCAGAGGGUCACAGAGAAGACCCAACCCCAUGUUAUGAGAUUAGAGGCAGCAGCGGUGAAGAGUGAGGAGGAUGUUGAGCUGGAAAGGUUGGCCUCGGAGCUUCAGCAAGGGGGUCUACUGACUGAAGGAGGGCGGCGGCUUCUCCCGGACGAAGCCGUGGCUCAGGGGGUCCUCCCUGGACACACUGCAGUCAAGCUGAUGGCCAAGGCAGGACUUUUUGGAGGUUUCCUGGAUGUCAGUGUGUGCGAAUCCCUGAGCAUGGAGGAUGUGAUGCAGGAGGGUCUGCUUGAUGAAGACCUGAUGUGGAGUGUGCUGAAAUCAGAGAAGACCCUGGCAGGGGUAGUGGAUGUAGAGAAGGGGAAGAUUUGUACCCUGAAGGAUGCUGCUCGGGCAGGCCUGAUAGACUCCAACACAGCUGCUCGGCUCCUGGAGGCCCAGGUGGUCUCAGGGGGAGUGGUUGACCUGCGAAGAGACAAAAAAGUAUCUGUUACCCUGGCAGCCAACCUUGGGCUGAUAGAGGAAGACCAAAGAGAGAAGCUAUUUGCGUUGGAGAAGUCAUACUGUGGAAAAGGCUCAGACCCAGAUGCAUCUCUCACCAAAGCAACAUUGCAGCUGCAAAUUAAUGGGGUUGUAGAUCCCAAAACUAAGUCACCUGUUCCCCUAAAGCAGGCCCUUGAAAGAGGUUUGCUUGGGCAGGAGGAAGUCUAUCAAGCCUUGUCCCAGCAAGUGGCGGAGGGUGGCAUCGUGCACCACAACUCUGGAGUUAGACUGUCAGUUACUGAUGCUUUGCAGCGAGGUCUGGUAGACUGUGCCAUAUCCCCAAAACUGUGGGAGUUAGAGAGGGCAUGUCAGGGGGAGGUAGGCCUCUCUUCAAACCCAGAUGCUGCCCUCCUCCAGGCAUCCACAGGUUCCAUUUUGGACCCUGAUUUAAAGUGUAGACUUACAUUGACAGAGGCUGUCUCUGAUGGUCUGCUCAAUGAGAGCAUUGCCAAGAAAGCAAUGGUUUCUCCAGGUGUAACAGAAGGUGUUUUGGAUCCACAAAGUGCCCAAAUUGUGCCUUACUCAGACCUUGUUAAACAAGGCAAGAUUGACAUUAAGAGUGGAAAGCGCUUCUUGGAAGUGAAGCCUUUCAAGGGAAUCCAGGAUAAGCAAACAGGUGAAAUCCUGAACCUAGCUAAAGCAAUUGUAUCUCAACAAGUUGAUCCUGUCCCAGCACUCAGAAUGUUGCAAAGCCAGGCAGACACUGGAGGGAUUAUUGAUAUUUCCAAUGGAGCUAGGCUCCCUCUGCCUAAAGCCUCUAAGAAAGGGCUGGUGGGAGAACAUAUGGCCAGGCUCAUUGCCACCAACCAGGUUCUGAAAGGGGGCUUGCUUGACCCUUCCACUGGGCAGAGAGUCUCAAGCCUGAAUAACGCUGUCAAAGAUGGGCUUAUAUCCAGAGAAAUGGCUGCAGAGCUCCAGGACAACCUGGGCUCCAUGGAAGUAGAAUGUGACGAUGAGGAUAGUUCAACACCCGUUGCCUCUUCAAGUAGUCCUGCAGUCACAUUAUCAAUAUCCAGUCCAGACAGCCAAACCAAAAUAAUUAUCGAAAGCUCUGAAGUGAUUUCUCCAACCCUACAUCCAGAAGAGUCAGAAAAAAGGUACAACCUUUUGAUGAUCGCAGACGACAUUGCGAAGACUCUAGAAGCUGGAACAUUCACGCAGUCAGGAGCUAUGCAACACCAUGGCUCUGUUUACAUUGAAGAAGAGAUGGAAGAGGAACAGGUCUCAAUAGCCGGGAAGCCAUUGGAAAUUGAGUCAAACCAGUCAAUCAAUUUGUUGGCUCAGUUUACAGUCAAUGCAGAGAAAAGGCUUCAGCAGGCCCUUCAGGAGAUGGAGACGCCGCAAGAUGUUACUGUUAGAACACCAGAACAGGAUAACAAAAAUGCAUCUAGAUCAGUUGGUGGAAGUAGUUCAAUCAUGCUGCAGGGGCAGUCUGCUAUGGGGAAAGAACCACGGAUGGAUUCGACAGUGGCCAUUGGCAGAGAAAGUAGAGACCAAGAGGGCAGCAUAGACAUGUCUACCCUAGUUCAGAGAGAUGAAGGGAAGACACACGUGGUAGAAGACAGUACUGAGAGAGUGGCGGAGCAAGGUAGAAUGGAGGUUGAGCGGGAUACAAAGAUUGAGGCCAGAGAGAGCGAUGAUCUUGGACAUGCAUCACCCAAUUCUAAGGAGGCCGAAGGUAAGAGCAAAAAGAAGAGGAAGAAUAAGAAGAAAGGAAAAGGGAAGGAGGUCGAUACUGAGCAAAGACCCUCAGAAAAAGCUGAUAUACAGAAAACGGAAAACAAAGACCAGAAUGCACAUUCAGAGGGUAAAGGUCAUAAUUGUAAGGAUAAGGGUGCUGAGUCCACUAGAGGUUAUGUUACCCUACAGGAGAAAGAGGAGUCACCCGUGCAAGAUGUUCAAUCUGCACUCAAAGGUGCUAAGGUACAGACUGUUGAGAGGUUCGACGAUCCAAAGGAUAUUGGCAAAGUAAGGGAAGGUUCUACAGUUCUACCAGGAGCCAUAGAAGAUGCUCUUGAGGUAGAGAGAGAGGGUACAGAGAACAAGGUCUUCUUGGUUCAAAGACAGGUAGAGAAGAACAAAACACCAAAGGUAUCUAAAGCAUCAGAGAAGGUUGAACCUGUGACAGAAGAGAUACCAUCCAUCCAUGAUCAAGCAGAUUCUGAAGUGGCACUAGCGAAGGCUGUUCUCGAAAGCUUAGACAAAAAGUCUAAGAUACCCAUCGGAGCAGAAAAGGUUGAACCAGCGACAGAGGAGAGAUCAUCCGUCCACAAUAGAGUUUCUAAGGAUGAGCAAAAGUGGGAGGUGGAGCAGAUUGUGGAAAAGAGUGAUACAGAUGGGGUGGAGACAGUUUCUCAACAGACUGGACAGCAGGAGCAUAAGGAUAGGAAAGAGGUGGAAUUCACUCUGAAAACCACCCGAGUAGCCAAUGAUAAAGAGGCCCUUUUACUGAAGGCAAAAGAGAGUAUUCUGAGGAAGGUGUUAGGGCGUGGUGUCAGUGAGAAGCAAGCUGCAGAGGAGCUAGUGGCACUGCGUCAGGUAGUGGGGAAGAAAGAGAGUUUGGUGACAUCUGAAGAGGAUCUUAAGACUGUGGGGAGUCCUGAGGUUUCACCAGAAGAGAGGGAGGGUAAGGGAAUUGACAAGAAGGAAGAAGGAGAAAGAGAGAACGUUGUGCCUGACCAUUCUACAAUAACUGUAGCAGCAGAGGAAGUGACAAAGGCUUUAGAAGUAGAGAAAGAGAAAGUUCUAUCAGAACAGUCUAAAAGAGAAGAGAAAGGGGAGAAGGUUGUGUUAGACCAGAUUGAAGAAGGAAAGGAGGAUACAUCUCUAACAGACCAGCUUAAAGAGACCAAGUCGGGAAAGAAAAAUAAAAAGAACAAAAAGUCGAAGAUGCAUAAAGUGGCAGAAAAAGUUGAACCUGCGACAGAGGAGAAGCCGUCCAUCCACAAUAGAGCAGAUUUGACACCGGCUGAUGUUGACAGCUCAGCCUCUGGGGAAGAGCAGAAGAUUGAGAAGCAGCAAGACAGUCAAUCAGACAGUGAUGUAACAAGGGUGGCAAGUGGUGACGAGCUGAACAAAAUGGCUGCCUUUACUAAGAGUCCUAGUGGAGUUGACACCAAUCAACGAAGAUCAACCCACACCACUGCACCAUACCAAGUCGAUGUACAUCUUGAGGAGAAAACUGAGGAGGACAUUUCUUUGGGGAGAGAAACUGAUCCGCAUGGCAAAGAAAUUGAACAAUUUAGGAUUGGUACACCUGAGAAAGAUGUCCACCCAGACACCCAUCGUGUUAUUGACAUUGUGGAUGCCUCUCCUGAAGCCCUUGUAUCCAUGUCGGGCGCCCAUCUGGUCAAGGCCUCUGUGGCACCUGCUACCCAGCCGGCUAAAACCACUGGCAAAAUGAAGAAAAAGAAAAAGAAACACCUGCAGGAGCAGAAACUUGACAGUCCCACUGAAACUGAGUCUAAAGAGGAAAAGUACCUUGAGUCCACAGAAUCAGGACAGUUCUGGUCUGUUGAGAACCCACAGGCUGAUGAGAUUGUUGAAUCUGAUAAAACAGAAGUACCCGAUUCUGAUACAACUGACAGCUGGAAGGAGGAUGGAGAAAUCCAAGAAUUGGAGAUAACGAAAGAGAAAAGCCCAGCUAAGAAGGGAAAGUCCUCGUUGCUCCGCCAGGAAUGCCUGGAACGUGACCAGCAAAUUGUGGCUCUGCUCUCUAUGGUGAGACACAUCGAGGUUCGCGUCAAGCAGCAGCAGCAACAGUCGAUUGGUCGCAGCCUCAUUGCUCUUGAUGACAUCAUCAAACAAACAGAUACCUUGGAUCUAGAACUUCGGGAUUUAGAACCCCAGGUCAACAAGGCAGUGGAUGCUGCUGGGCAGUUGCUGGAGCCCCGCCCACCGGAAGUCCCACCUCAGCUACUAUUGGCCUUGGAGAAGGAUGGCCGAAGCUUAGCUCGAGGUUACGAGGCUGCCAGAGGGUUCUCUGAAAACAUCCUGCAGGGGCUGCGCGCACACAGAGACGCAUAUACGGAGGCAUUGACUGGAGAACAGAAGUCACUUGGAGGGCGAGUAGAGGAUCUUCUUUCCUGGCUGAAGGAGACUGAGGCACACAUUACAGGAAUGGAUGGGCAAAUCCAGGGCGAGACUCCUGCUCAGCUCACACAACAGCUCCAGCUGUGCAAGGAGUUGCAGUCGUCUCUCUCGGCCCGCUCCAAUGACGUCAACACGGUGGCCUUUGACAUCCAGGUGUUCAUCUCGGAGCGGGCUCAGGACCUGGCUCCCGAACAGAGCAGGCACCUCCUGGGGCAGCUGCAACAGCUCCAGAGGGGCUUCCACCGAGCCGCUGGCCAAGCCCACGCCAAGACCGACGCCCUCGCCGCCCAGAGAGAGAGGGAGGAGGAGAGGCAGCGCAGAUGUGAAGAAAAAGAAGAAGAAGAGAAGGAGAGAGAAAGAGAGAGAGAGAGUGCAAGGGAGAGAGAGGUUUGCAAACCGCUGGCUAUGUUGCCACAGUCCCAUUGGAGUGUGGAAAACGACAAUAGGGGUCUGAUUCAUUGUUAUGGACUGACCACUGUUUAUAAGCAAAACGGGCAAUAUUACUUUUCUCACACUUUCUUUUUGCUUGCAUUUCUCCUUUUCCCUCCAUCCAUCUCUCUUUCGACCUUCAUAUGUGGCUCUCAGGUGGUGCAGCAGGAGAAGGCAGAAUGCUCACAAAAAUUGGAAGGCCUCACGAUGUGGUUGGCUGGAGCGGCCAGCAUGCUGGCCAAUCAAAGAGCGGGAGCAGAGUCAGGUGAUGUGAAUGUGCUGCAGCAGAAACAGAGGGAGUUAAAGGAAGUACAGAAGGACCUGCUGACCAGAGGCGAGGGCGUGGCGGAGACCAUCCGCUCGGUGGAGGAGUUCCUGGCGGAGCACGGUGACAGCCUGAGUCCAGAGGAGAGGGCCAACCUCCAGGGGGCACUGUCCCGUAUGAAGGAGCAGUACAGUGCACUGACCGACACGGCCCAGUCCUCCCUGGUCCAGCUGGACACGGCCAUCAGCACCACCGUCCAACAGAACACACAGAGGGCGAAGGCAGUAGAGGAGCUGCAGGAGACACGGGGCCAGAUCGACUCGCUGCUAGAGGAGCUCUCCUCGCUCGACCAGCCUGGGGUGACCGUUACUGACCACCUCUCCUCGUCCUCCUCCACAUCGCCAGAGGGAGGUCUACAAUCACACAGCGACAUGCUCCAGGCGGAGCUCCAGCAGCUCCAGGCACAACAGACCCAACUGAUGCAGGUGUCCCAGAACGCUCGCUCCCUCCUGGACCAGCCCGACUCGGCCGUGUCAGCCGAGGAGAAACGCCGUCUGCGGGACCAGCUAGACCAGCUCCAGACCCAACACCAGGAAAAGCUGCGGGCCUGCCAGGAGAGGCUGAGGCGCUCCGAGGCCCUUAAGGACGAUCUGGCCAAGUUCCUCCAGGAGCACGGAGGCCUGGGGACCUGGCUGGAACAGAGUGAGGGGGAGCUGUGUUCCCUUGGGGAAGGAGAGACGGACGCACAGGGCCUGAAGGGGAGACUGGAAGAGCACAAGAAGCUAGCGGAAGAUGUGAUCUGCCACAAGGCAGACCUGCGCUUUGUGUCCAUCUCUGGUCAGAAGGUGCUGGACUCUGUCCAGGGGGCUCUGGAGAAGGUAGGAGGGUCUGACCCAGCCCUGGAGGAGACCAAGCAGCUGGUCACGGGCAAACUACAGGAUGCCAACCACCGCUACACUGCGCUGCACACCAAGUCUUCAGAUCUGGGCGGGCGUCUGUCGGGUCUGUUGGAGCGCUACCAGCAGUACCAGGACGAGGCUGUGUCGCUCCACACCUGGCUCAGCGCCCAGGAACAGAACCAGAGUAUAGCCGGACCCAGCGGAGAGACAGACACACAGACACUACAGAACACACUGCGGGCCGUACAGCUGUUGCAGGAUGAGCUGGCGGAGAGGUCAGUCCAGUUGGAGAAGGUGAGGAGGUCAGGCAGAGAGCUGGCCAACACACGGGAAUCCCCCACUCUCAGAGCUGCUGAGAUCACCAGCACUGCAGAUGGUCUAGAAAAGAGGUUCUGCUCUCUGUCUGAGUCCGUGUCGGAGCGGGCUGAGCAGCUCCAGACGUCCGUAGCCCAGUCGGUCAGUGUCCAGGAGGGGCUGAAGGGCCUGCUAGUCUGGCUGGACGGCCUGCUGCUGACCCCCGGGCCCAUCCAACCUACCGCCCAGGCUGUCCAGGACGCCCUCACACAGAAUCAGAAACUACGCCAGGAGCUGUUAUCCAGACAGGGAAGUGUGGAGGCCACCUGCGACUCUGUCUCCAAACUGCUCCAGAGCUCUGACGCCUCCACAGCCUCCGGGCUCCAGGCGUCACUAGAGAGCCUGACCCAGAGCUACGGCGCGGCACAGGCCAAGCAGGCCGAGAGGGAGGCUGAGCUCCGGGGGCUCCUACCCAAGCUGGAGAACUAUGAGAGACUGAGUACAGACCUGCAGGGUUUCACUCAGACCUGCCUGAGAGCUCUGAGCCCCGCGGGACAGCCUGACCGCAGUAUGGAGGACUACAGACAGACCAUAGAGGAGGUGAGAGCGGAGCAGGAGCAGGAGGCAGGUCAACUUAAGUCCUUCUGCCAGCUGGGGACAGACCUGAGCCAAGCCAAGGCCCUGACCAGCACACAGACCCUACUGGACAAUGUCAGAGAGGUGUCCGAUGAGUUCGCCCGACUGGAAUCCAACAUCAAUGAAAGGUACAAUGCCAUCCAGAGUUGUGAGCAGCAGUUGGGCCAGUUCCGGUCUCUCUCUGGCUCCCUCCUCAGGUGGCUCCAGACAACACAGGAGCAGCUGCCUCUCAAAGAGCCCAACGUCAACACAGAGGCCCUGCAGAGGAGAGUGCAGCAGCUCAAGGACUUACUGAGUGACUGGAAGGCCCAAGGGGUUCGGGUUCUGGAGCUGAACAAGACUGGAUCAGAACUGGAGACCCUUAUCAUAAACAUCACAGCCCCCCAGACCAAGACCGGUGUUCCCCAGGUCAAUGGUGCAGGAAGCCCCAGCAGUGUCAAUGGCAUUCACACAUGCAAAGACCUGACAGAGCUGCAGGUUGCGGUGGCGGAAGUGAACGGUCGUUACGAGGAGCUGGGAGAGGAACUGAAGGACCGACAGUGGCGCCAGGAGACCUCUCUGGAGCUGAGGCAGAAGGCCAGGCAGAGUACCGAGGAGCUCAGCCGCUGGCUGGGAGACCGGGAGAACAGCCUGCACCUGGGCCAGACUGCCGCCUCCCCCUCCAAACCGGAGGUGGUACGCGCCCAGGCCCAGGAGAACAAGGCCUUACUGUCUGAGCUGGCAGAGCAUUCUGGGAAGGUGAAGGAGCUGAAGAGCACCCUGGAGAAGCUAAUAGCAGACAACCCAGACUCCCCAGAGGCAGACACCUGGAGACAACAAAUGAAGGAGAUCGACUCCCGCUGGGCAAAGGCCAAUGAGGCGGCAGUACAGCGGCAGGUGGAACUGGAGACCUGUGCUGAUAGGCUGGGCAGCUUUGCCACAGCAGCCAGUCAGUUGGGGCCGUGGCUCAAAGAGAAGGAGCUGAUGAUGAGUGUGCUGGGACCCCUGAGCAUCGACCCCAACAUGUUGAACACCCAGAAUCAACAAGUGCAGUUCAUGCUGCGUGAGUUUGAGACCCGCCGGCCCCAGUUCGACCAACUCACCCAGGCGGCCGAGGGCAUCCUUUCCCCGUCUGGUGGCGACGCCUCCCCACAGGAUGCCAAGGACCUAGCGGAGGUCCGGUCCGAGCUUGGCUCCAUCUCGCAGCAGUGGGACGACCUCACUCAACGUCUGUCCCGGCGCUCUGAGCACAUCGACCAGGCCCAGGGCACCAGCGAGCGAUACCAGGCCCUGCUGAAGAACCUCUCGGUCAACGUCGGGGCGCUAGGCGAGCGGCUGGACAGCCAAGCCUCGCUCAGUGCCCAGCCCGAGGCCCUGAAACGGCGUCUGCAGGAGACGGGCGAGAUCCGCUCUGAGCUGGAGCAGAGGAGGGAAGAGCUGGGCGAGGCGGAGAAGCUGUGCGGCGAGCUGAGCGCCAUCGUGGUUGAACCUUACCUGAGAGACGAGCUAAAGAAGAGGCUGGAGAGCGUGAGUGGCCCGCUGAGGAGUCUGGAGGAGAGGGCCGCGGACGGUUUAUCCCAGCUCCAAGCCGCUCUCUCCAGCACCCAGCAGUUCCAGCAGAUGUUCAAGGAGCUGCGGAGCUGGCUGGACAACCAGAGUGGUCAAAGAGACUCUACCGCCGACUCCCUCCCCUGCCAGCCCGGGGCUAUCCGGACCCUGCUUGCCCAGCAAGACGAGCUUCAUCGCGGGGUGGCCAGCCAACGUGGCCCCUACGAGCUCAUCCAGGCCGAGGGGGCCUCCCUGCUCGCCUCGCUACCCGCCGGCGGCGAAGAACGAUCAGCCUUACUGUCCCGGCUUACCGCCCUCCGCCAGGACUGGGAUGAUCUCAACCAGUGCAUCACGGAACGCCAGAACCGGAUGAAAUCCGCCCUGACCAAGGCCGAGAGUUAUCAGCAGCACCGCGCCGAGCUCACGCCCUGGGUGGCAGAGUGCGAGGAGCGGGAGGCUGACAUCCAGCUCUCCCUAGACCCUGCGGCCCUGGAUGAGGCUUUGCAGAAGUCCAGGCAGCUGUGUUUGGAUCUAGACCGCCGUCGCCCCCUCCUGGAGGCUUUAAACAUUGCGGCCGACCAACUCCUGGAACACUGCCACGUCGGAGAGGAAGACGUACGCGACGAAAAAGCCCAACUCAACCGUAGAGUCGACGGGCUGGGAGAAAACCUCCAAAACCGUGUUUCCCAACUGGAAGAGCUAGCGGGUCGACUUAAAGAGUUUGAGGACGGGCGGCAGGCGGUAGAGAGGAGGCUGGAGGCAGCGCGGCAUCAGAUCGAGGUGCAGGAGGCGCUGGGCCCACAGGCGUGCAGCAACAAGAGCCUGGAGCGGCUGAGGAGCCAGCAGGAGACGCUGCACUCGCUGCAGCCACAGGUGGCCUACCUGAGGGAUCUGGCCCAGGGGCUGGUGCAGGACGCACCCCACACAGCAGGGGGUGGCGGAGAGGGAGGACAGAGGCUGGAGCAGCAGGCCCGAGACACGGACAGAGAGUUUGGAGACGUCAGCGAAAAGAUUGAAAAGUGCUGUUCCACCCUGGAGUCCCGUCUCCAGGGCGUGGGCGAGGUCCAGUCCUCGGUGCGCGACCUCUUCUCCCACCUGGCUGACCUGGACGACGAGCUAGACUCGUUGAGCCCCGUGGGGCGCGAUGCCGACUCGCUUGCCUCGCAGGCAGAUGCUGUCCAGGCCUUCCUAGCUCGCCUGGCCACGUUGAGGUCGGAGCUCGAAGGUCACGGAGGCGACUGCACCGCCAUGCUCCGGCGCGAGGGGUCGUCUCCCGAUCUCCUCGCCCUGAGGAGAGAGACUGAGGCCCUGAGCCGCCAGGCUGGGAAGCUGUCCGAAAGGGGCCAGGCCAGAAUGGGACAGAUCGAGGUGGCUGCCGAGAAGGUGGGAGAGUUCUACGCCAAGGUGGCGGAGCUGCAAGGGCUGCUGGGACGUGCAGAGGAGGGGCUGAACGCGCAGGGCGUGGUGGGGACAGAGGUGGAGAACAUCAAGCAGCAGCUGCACGAGUUCAAGGCGGUGGAGAGGGAGCAGGUGGACAGCAUUCAACCCAAGCUGCAGCGCGUGAACGCGGUGGGCCAGGGGCUGAUCCAGAGUGCAGCCAAACACACAGACACCCAGGCUCUGGAGCACGACCUAGAGACCACCAACCUCAGAUGGAACUCCCUCAACAAGAGGGUUGCAGAGCGCAUUGCCCAGUUGCAGGAAGCCCUGUUGCAUUGUGGGAAGUUCCAGGAUGCCCUGGAGCCUCUUCUGAGCUGGCUGAGUGACACAGAGGAGCUGGUAGCCAAUCAGAAGCCCCCGUCGGCCGAAUACAGAGUGGUCAAGGCCCAGAUCCAGGAACAGAAGCUGUUACAAAGACUGCUGGACGACCGCAGAGCCACUUUUCAGAUGAUCCAGGGAGAGGGGGAGAGGAUCGCAGCCACGGCCGAGACACAGGACAGAGACAAGAUCCAGAAGCAGCUGGAGAGUCUGGGGGAGAGGUGGGGCGAGCUGCUGGAGAAGGCCAGGGCAAGGCAGUGCCAGUUGGAGGAGCUGCAGACGCUGGCACUCCAGUUCCACGAGGCGGUGGAGCCUCUAGGAGAGUGGCUGAGCGCCACCGAGAGACGGCUGAGCACCGCCGAGCCCAUGGGAACCCAGACUUCUAAGAUCACCCAGCAGAUUACGAAACACAAGGCCGUCCAAGAGGCCGUCUCCUCUAGAGGAGCCGAGGUCGACCGCCUCCAGGCCCUCGGGCAAUCCCUGGCGCCCCUCAGCUGCGCGGCCGACCGCGAUUGGCUGGGGGAGCGCGUGGGGGCGGUGCGGCUAGUCCACUCGGAGCUCAGUGAUUGGUGCCAACGCAGGGCCGUCAUGCUGGAGCAGGCCCUGGCCAAUGCCGAGCUGUUUGGGGAGGAUGAGGUGGAGGUGCUCAACUGGCUGGCUGAGGUGGGCCAGCGGCUGGGACAGGUGUCGGUGCAGAGCUACCAGCCGGGGGUCCUCACCCAGCAGCACAAGCACACACUGUCUCUGAAUGAAGAGAUAGUGAGCAGGAAGAAGCAGGUUGACCAGGCCAUCAAGAACGGACAGGCCCUGCUCAAGCAAACCACAGGUGAGGAGGUUCUGCUGAUCCAGGAGAAGCUGGACGGUAUCAAGUCUCGCUAUGCUGAGAUGACGGGCGGGAGCAGCAAAGCCCUCCGCACACUGGAGCAGGCCCUGCAGCUGAGCACGCGAUUUGCCAGCGCCCACGACGACCUCAACCAAUGGCUGGACAAGGUGGAGGCAGAGCUCAACAUCAUGGAGCCCGACGCCACGCCGGCCUAUCAGGACAGACAGAAGGAGCUGAAGUGUGUGUCAGCGGAGAAACGUCUGGUUUUGGACACGGUCAACGAGGUGGGCAAUGCCCUCUUAGACCUGGUGCCCUGGCGUGCCCGCGAGGGUCUGGACCGCCUGGUGGCGGAUGCCAACCAGCGCUACCGAACGGCGGCCGAGACCAUCACCCAGCGGGUAAAGCUGGUACAGGCUGCCAUCCAGAGGUCACAACAGUAUGAGGAGGCGGUGGACGCGGAGCUGACCUGGGCUGGGGAGACGGAGAGGAAGCUAUCCUCCCUGGGUCCUCUGAGUCUGGAGCCUGACGUCACCGUGGCCCAGCUACAGGUCCAGAGGGCCUUCAAUAUUGACAUCAUCCGACACAAAGACACCGUGGACCAGCUACUCCACACCAGGGACGACAUCCUGGAGACCUGCAGCGACCAGCAGAGAGAUGCUCUGGUGGAGAAGACUGACUCACUGUCUGCCCGCUACGAGGCGGUGAGCCAGCAGCACCAGGAGCGUUUCUCAGCCCUGGAGCAGGCCCAAGUCCUGGUGGCCCGUUUCUGGGAGACCCAGGAGGACCUGGAGCCCUGGCUGGGGGAGACGGAGACGCUUAUCGCCCAGCUGCCCCCACCCGCCAUCGACACGGAGGCCCUGCGUUUACAACAGGAACAGAUGAGGCUCCUGAGGGAGUCCAUAGCGGAGCACAAGCCCCACAUCGACAAGCUGCUGAAGAUCGGCCCCCAGCUGGCCGCUCUGAGCCACCAGGAGGGGGCCACGGUGAGGCAGCGCUACAGCGACGCCGAGAAACGCUACGUGGCCAUCAAGGAGGUCGUCAAGGGUCGCGCCACCACCCUGGAUGAGGCUGUGUCUCAGUCUGCGCAGUUCCACGACAAGAUGGACCCCCUGCUGGAGACCCUGGAAGGGGCCGUGCAGCGCCUCCGAUCCCCUCCUCCUGUGGCAGCGGAGGCAGAUAAGAUCCGGGAGCAGCUGGCCGACCACAAGGCAACAGGGCUGGAGCUGGACAAACUGCUGCCCUCCUUCUCGGCCCUGUGUGCCCGCGGCGAGGAGCUCAUCAGUAGAGCAGCCCACGACGACCCUGCCGCUCAGGCCGUGCGUUCCCGUCUGCUGCGCCUGCGCUCCCUGUGGGAUGAGAUCCGGCAGAGGGCUGAGGAGCGAGAGGGGAAGCUGACGGACGUCUUGGACCUGGCUGGGAAGUUCUGGGCCGACAUGGCGGCGCUACUGAGCACGCUCCGUGACUCUCAGGACAUCGUCAAGGAGCUGGAGGACCCCGGGGUGGACCCCUCACUCAUCAAACAGCAGAUAGAGGCGGCAGAGGCCAUCAAGGCCGAGACAGACGGGCUGAGGGAGGAGCUGGAGUUCGUACGAACCCUUGGGGCUGACCUCAUCUUCGCCUGCGGAGAAACCGAGAAGCCUGAGGUCAAGAAGACCAUCGACGAGAUGAAUGUCGCCUGGGAAGGCCUGAACCGGACGUGGAGAGAGAGGAUGGAGAGGUUGGAGGAGGCCAUGACGGCUUCUGUGCAGUACCAGGAUGCAUUGCAGAGCAUGUUUGACUACCUGGACAACGCAGUGAUCAAGCUGUGUGACAUGUCCUCUGUGGGUACUGAUUUGGGAACUGUCAAACAGCAGAUCGAAGAGCUCAAGCAGUACAAGGUAGAGGUGUACCAGCAGCAGAUAGACAUGGAGAAGCUGUGCCACCAGGGGGAGCUGCUGCUCAAGAAGGUCUCGGACCAGACCGACAGAGACAUGAUCCAGGAGCCCCUCACGGAGCUCCGACACCUCUGGGACAACCUGGGGGACAAGAUCACUCACAGACAGCAUAAGUUGGAGGGUGCUCUCCUGGCGCUAGGUCAGUUCCAGCAUGCCUUGUCUGAGCUGCAGUCCUGGCUGAGUCACACCCACGCCACCCUGGACACACAGAGACCCAUCAACUCUGACCCCAAGGCCAUCGAGAUAGAACUGGCCAAGCACCACGUGCUGAGGAACGACGUGCUGUCCCAUCGGUCCACGGUGGAGACGGUGAACGCGGCGGGGGCUGAGCUGCUGGAGUCCAGUCCCGGGGACGAGGCCAACCACCUCCGCGGCCAGCUGGACCACCUCAACCGCGGCUGGGAGAACCUGCUACUCAAGACCCAGGACCGGCAGAAACUACUGGAGGCCGCACUGCACCAGGCGGAGGGUUUCCAUGGUGAGCUAGAGGAGUUCCUGCAGUGGCUGAGGAGGACAGAGAGCCAGCUGUCUGCAGCCAAACCCACAGGUGGCCUGCCUGAGACGGCCCGGGAGCAGCUGCAGCAGCACCUGGAGCUCCAGACCCAGUUGGCCCAGCGCGCUGAGCAGUACAACCGGCUGCUGGACGCGGGAGAGUCCAUGUUGCUUUCCCGCGGGGGGGAGGAGGGUGGCCCCGGAGCUGGUACGACCCAGACCCAACAGAACUUGGCCCUGCUGCAGAACAAGUGGGCCAGCCUGAACACCAAGAUGGACGACCGCAGGGCGAAGCUGGACGAGGCAGUGUCGCUGGCCACAGGGUUCCAGUCCUCGCUCCAGGACACCAUCAACUGGCUGACCCAGGCAGAGCAGACCCUCAACAUGGCCCAGCCCCCCUCCCUCAUCCUGGACACCGUCCUCUUUCAGAUAGACGAACACAAGGUGUUUGUGAAUGAGGUGAACACCCACAGGGAGCAGGUGCUGGCCCUGGAGAAGGCCGGCUCUCAGCUGCGUUUUGCCAGUGUAAAGCAGGAUGUGGUUCUGAUCAAGAACCUGCUGCUGAGUGUACAGGCCCGCUGGGACAAGCUGGUGCAGAGGUCCCUGGACCGUGGCAGACACCUCGACGAGGCCCGCAAGAGGGCCAAGCAGUUCCAUGAGGCAUGGAGGAAACUGUCUGACUGGCUGGAGGAGGCUGAGAGCCGGCUAGACUCAGAGCUGGAGAUCUCCAACGAACCAGACAAGAUCAAAAUACAUCUGACCAAACACAAGGAGUUUCAGAAGGCUCUGGGCUCGAAGCAGCCGGUGUAUGACACCACAGUGAGGUCUGGUAAGGCCAUGAGGGACAAGGCCACGCUGCCCGAAGACACCCAGAAACUAGACCACCUACUGGGGGAGGUCAGGGACAAGUGGGACACCGUUUGUGGGAAGAGUGUGGAGAGGCAACAUAAGCUGGAGGAGGCCCUGCUGUUCUCAGGGCAGUUUGCUGAGGCCCUGCAGGCCCUGGUGGACUGGCUGUACCGUGUAGAACCCCAGUUGGCUGAAGACCUGCCAGUCCACGGAGACCUGGACUUGGUCUCCAACCUCAUGGACUCACACAAGGCCUUCCAGAAGGAGUUGGGGAAGAGGACCACUAGUGUCCACGCCCUGAAGCGCUCAGCCAGAGAACUGAUGGAGACGGGCCGCGAUGACACCGCCUGGGUCAAAGUUCAACUGCAAGAGCUCAGCAACCGCUGGGACACAGUCUGUGCCCUGUCCGUCACCAAGCAGACCCGUCUCCAGCAGGCCCUCAAACAGGCGGAGGAGUUCCGCACGGCGGUGCAGCUGUUGCUGGAGUGGCUGUCGGAGGCGGAGCAGACGCUGCGUUUCCGUGGCGUGCUGCCCGAGGAGGCGGAGACUCUGCAGACGCUGCUCCACACCCACCGGAACUUCAUGGCCACGGUGGAAGAGAAGAGGACAGACGUGAACCGGGCAGCGGGCCAGGGCGAGGCCAUCCUCACCGCGUGCCAGGCCGACUGCAUCACCACCAUCAAACACUGGAUUACCAUUAUCCGCGCCCGCUUCGAAGAGGUCCUCACAUGGGCCAAACAGCACGAGCAGCGUCUGGAGACGGCUCUGACAGAGCUACUCAACAACGCCACGCUAUUGGAGGAGCUGUUGUCAUGGCUGCAGUGGGCAGAGACCACCCUGGUCCAGCGUGACAGAGAGACCCUUCCACAGGACAUCCCUCAGAUCAAAACACUCAUCACAGAACACCAGGUGUUUAUGGAGGAGAUGACCCGGAAGCAGCCUGACGUGGACAAAGUGACCAAGACUUACAAGAGGAAACCAGCAGAGCCCCCUAGCAGCCUAGCUGAGAGGAGAGGAGCUCGUAAAAACCAGCAGCAACAACAGCAUCAACAGGCGGCGAUGCAGGUCGCCGGGGGCAACACCCGUCUGACCCAGCUCUGCUCAAGGUGGCAGCAGGUGUGGCUGCUUGCCCUCGACCGCCAGCGGAAGCUCAACGACGCCCUCGACAGGCUUGAAGAGCUGAAAGAGUUUGCCAGCUUUGACUUUGACGUGUGGAGGAAGAAGUACAUGCGCUGGAUGAACCACAAGAAGUCGCGCGUCAUGGACUUCUUCAGACGCAUCGACAAGGACCAGGACGGAAAGAUCACUCGCCAGGAGUUCAUCGACGGCAUACUGGCCUCAAAGUUCCCCACCAGCAGGUUGGAGAUGACGGCGGUGGCAGACAUCUUUGAUCAGGACGGAGACGGUUACAUCGACUACUACGAGUUUGUGGCGGCGCUGCACCCUAACAAGGAUGCCUACCGGCCCACCACCGACGCUGACAAGAUAGAAGACGAGGUGACCAGACAGGUGGCACAGUGUAAAUGUGCCAAGCGGUUCCAGGUGGAGCAGAUAGGAGAGAACAAGUACAGAUUCUUCCUUGGAAACCAGUUUGGAGACUCGCAGCAGUUGCGGUUGGUGCGUAUCCUGCGCAGUACGGUCAUGGUGCGGGUCGGAGGGGGCUGGAUGGCCCUGGACGAGUUCCUGGUCAAGAACGAUCCCUGUAGAGUUCAACAUCCUGGACUUAAGAUCCUUCGCUCCGACUCCAGUAGCACCAUUUCAUCUCGUAUAGCCCGAGGCCGUACCAACCUGGAGCUGCGUGAGAAGUUCAUCCUACCGGAGGGGGCUUCCCAGGGCCUGGCGGCGUUCCGUUCCCGGGGCCGGCGCUCCAAACCCGGCUCCCGCACGGCCUCGCCCACCCGCUCCUCCUCCUCAGCCUCGCACAGCGCACAUAGCUGCGCCUCCCUGCCCUCCACUCCCGCCACCCCUACUGCCUCCUCCAGAUCCUCAAACUCGCGUGGCUAUGCCAAGCCCUGGCUGGCACACAGUAAAACGCCAACGCCAACCAAGUGCCAGUCCUGCCCAGACCACGACCACACCACCCCUGGGCACGAGGGGGCAGUUUCGGGGUCCAAGCUGAAGAGGCCCACCUUCCACUCCAGCCGAGGGUCUCUGACUGGAGAGAAUGGAGGAGCUACACCCACUUCUACUAAACCUGGACGCACCGACCCCAGGCGUACCCCAUCGGGAGCCAGUGGCGCAGCCAGCCGGGCGGGCAGCAGAGCAGGCAGCAGGGCCAGCAGCCGGCGGGGCAGCGACGCUUCUGAUGCCUCAGAGCUCCUGGAGACGCGCUCGGCCUGCUCGGACACCUCGGACACCCCUCGGCGACCAGGAGCGGCCAAGCCCUCCAAGAUCCCUACCAUCUCCAAGAAGACCCCAAGCCCCAAGACACCCGCUUCUGGGAAGAAAUAAUGAAGGAGACGUCAAAAAGACGUCAUACAUCUAACUAUAGAGCUGGUUUGACUCCACAGCCCUUCAAACACCAGCCAGGAUGAAAUGGAGAGGAAGAUGUCCAGACUAUAGAAUUAGAUCAAGUAGAACGGACCGUCUCCCAUUCAAAGAGAUGCUCUAUAGUGGACAGACUACUGGUGGCCAUAUUGGGUGUCACAUUUGAUCCAAACAUCCAUCCAUAGGGCUUGCAUGGGAUUCAUGCACCAAGACUACUGUAUGGAGGGCAGGUAGAGAGGGGGAGAAAUAUCUUUCUAUUUUUCCCCGCUCUCGUACACACACUCAAAUACACUCACUGGGGGCAUCGAGGCCCGGGUUCGUGCACUUAGACUGGGGUGAAACAGGACAGAACUUCCCCCUUUAAAACCCAGAUCCCAGUUUGCCUUCCAGUCUCCUGUGCGCUCUCUCCCGUAACAGGAUUGUGCUAGACUGUUUCAGAGAAAGCCACAGCAGUUUGAACCAACAACCAACCAACAUGAUGCUGCCUUAUUUGUGUUGCACAUUUCUGUCCUUACUUUUACCUAAUCUGAGUUCCACAGAGCGUUAGGUAGAGCCUUGUAACUAACUACUUUGUGUAUGUACACACUGACACACACACAACUGAAAUACACACACACACAUUGAGGGUAGUGACGAAAUGACUCAGAACUUGCUGGAGAAUGGCAUUCCGAAGAACUGGAUUGUGGCUAUUGUGGAAAUUGUUUCUCACCAGGAGUUAAACAGAAAAUAUCCAAUGACUGCCAUCUUGUUUUUUACUCUCCUGGACUGGGAAGUGAAGAGGAAUGACACUUCAGCAUGUCUGUGGGUCGGGAACAACCGGACUAGCGUGGAUUUAUAUUCAGUGUGUGGGCUGCCCCACUGACAACUUCCUGAACUGCGCUAACUGCCUAAACCUCAAGCCUAGGAGACUGUGGAAGUGGUGGGAAACACAUACACACGGCAAUGUCCUCACAAACCACUGCAACAAUCAGUGUGUUGGUAGGUGGGAGUGUGUGUUUGAUGGAAUGGAGGGUUUGUCAUAUGGCCCCAUUAGUCUGAAGCUAACACUCAAAUUUUAAAAUUACUUCUUGGUGGGACCCCACUAACGGCAAAAACGUGACAAAAUGUGUAACAAUGAAGUGGCUUGUAAGGACAUGCACAAUUUAACACAAUUUAAGCUACGCUUAUUCCAGAUUAGAGAUUGAAAACCGGCGCACACUGACAGUCUGUAUCGCUGUAAUUCCACUUCGCCCCUCUCCCCUCCGUUGCCGCUGGAAACCCCCAGAGCAGCAAACAUAAAUGUUUGUGUAAACGCGUGUCGUCGUUACACGUUACAGAAAUCAGAGGUCAUCCGCGUGCAAAGAUUUGAUUUGUGAAUGUCUUUCUUUCAUUCUGGUUAAUUUAUAAUCCUGUUCAAUUUUUUUGUUUGUUGCUUUUCUAGCUUAAGAAAACAUUUUUAUUUAUUUUUCAGUUCUGUAUCAUAUCACCUUGGAGAAUGAUUAGUAUUAAGAUGAAUGAAGUCAUGAUAUUUUGUACCAAGGAAAAUGCCCUCUCCUCUCUUCAACGUUGUAUGUUUCUACUUCUUCAUAACAUUACUCAACCAGGAAGCUGACUGAUUCCCAUGGCAGCCUUUUUUUUUUGCUAAUGACUACAACUCCCAGAACACGACCAAAGGGGGUUGCCCUCAUUGUGUUGGCAAAAAACUACGAAUAUGAAUGAAAGGGAGCUGAAGGGGCCAAUGAGUGAACCCCUAGUGUCCCGCCUUAUAGGCGUUUGAAUGGUCGUGUCUUUGAUGGCUGCAAAUGUGCUUCCCUGUUUGUUGAUGUGAGAGCUGAAGUAUCUGAAAACCUAAUGAACGCAAGUGACAUCUUAAGGUGAUUUUUAUUUAUUUAUUGUCUCUUUGGGGGUGAGGAUCCGGGCGCAGGAGAGGAAGUCACCUUUUGGUGUUAUUCACAGUGUGAUGAAGAGAAAAUAUGGAGGGUGGGGGAGGCGGUUAGAAGUCAAUUGUGUAAAAUAAAAAUAUAAGAUUAUAAACCUUUUUGUUCUCAUUUUGUAUUAAAAAAUAUGCUUGCAGUAAAAAAAAAGAAAUAUUU